AUGUCCGGAAAAGAAGACCCUUUGGCCUACGGGCAUUAUGGCGGACAAGGAGAGUCUGAAAGAGGAGGAGGGGAGGGGGGAGGGGAGAGGAGUCUCCUAGGAGACACUCUCCACAAGUUCCGUGAUAAAUACAAGACUUACUCGGGCGGACAGCCCUCCCAGCAACCAUAUCAGCAGUCGCACUACGAUACUCAAGGUGGCUAUCAGGGACAACCCGGCUCCCAUGGCUACGGACAACAGUUUCCACAAUCUCAGCAACCUUAUACCGCCCCUGGCCAACAACCAUACAAUGAACCUAUCCAAGGCCAGAACCCUCCCUACCAUCAAAGCAAACCACCAAAGUCUGAUAUGGUGUCGGGGCUACUCGGCAAGAUACAAGGAAUUGGCUCCGAUGUAGCACAGAAACUUGGCUCUGCUUUGGAUCCUCAAGCGUAUGCCCAGUAUGGCCCGGGCCCAUCAAACUCACAGAAUCGAUUUGGAAGCUUUGCACCGCCCAGGGAGCACUGCGAUGCCAAGUGGGCGUUGGAGAAUGCAAAGGAGUCGGUUUGGAUCCUCGAUUGGUGGCUAUCUCCGGAGCUAUAUUUGAGACGCCCGCCUUCCAAAAAUGAGCAGUACAGACUCGAUCGAAUGUUGCAGGCUGCAGCUCAACGCGGGGUGCGUGUCAACGUAAUUGUGUAUAAAGAGGUCACCCAGGCAAUGACCUAUUCAUUCAAAAACUUGACUCUCAGCGCAGCCGGCGUAUCCAAGCUUUCCGGAGAUGCUUUGAAAGGUUUGUACGGGAUGAGUGGUGAUGUUGUUCUUUAUUGGGCUCACCAUGAAAAGCUUUGCAUGGUUGAUGGGAAGACUGCGUUCAUGGGUGGACUUGAUUUGUGUUAUGGCCGUUGGGAUACCCAUCAACAUUCUAUUUCUGAUGUUCAUCCUAACGACAUCAGGGAUACUGUGUUCCCUGGUCAGGAUUAUAACAAUGCUCGUGUUUUGGAUUUCCAGGAUGUGCUUCAUUGGGAAAAAAACACUCUUGAUCGCAAGAGCAACUCCCGCAUGGGCUGGUCGGAUAUUUCAGUUAGUCUGCACGGGCCUGCUGUUGAGGACCUUCGGAGGCAUUUCGUUGAGCGAUGGAACUUCAUUUACGACGAAAAAUACAAUGUCCGUCAGGACUCUCGAUACUCGAAGCUGGUUCUCUACGGAAAACCGCUGCCAGCUGGCACCAUUCCUGGAUCACAUGGGCAACAGCAGCAGCAACAAUAUGGACACCAGCCACCUCCUCCAGGUCAGACCCAGCAGUACCCCCCGCCUCCUCCUGGCCCUCCACCGUCUCAAACCCAAUAUAGCGGUAGCAAUCAAUCAGGGCAACCUCAAUGGGCCGCUCCACCUCAGCAAUCGCAGUCCCAGACGCCAUAUUUCCCUCCCCCUCCAACUCAAGCUAGCCAGCAUUCGCAGACUCGUGGGCCAGAACCUCACUAUGACCAAGGCUAUCAGCAGCAGUUCCAACCAGGCUACCAACAGCAAACUGACCAGGAUCGCACUCUGACUUCUGAGCUCCGUGGAUUGAGAAAUGACCUUGGAAAUUUUGGAAACAUCCUUCGAGGUCAACUUGCUGGGCAGGUGCACCAAUAUCAGGAUCGAUAUUUCUCUGGUACUCCUGGUUCUACUGCGAGGGCGCCGGCGAACAUGUCUUGUCAGAUAGUUCGUAGCUCAGCCAAAUGGAGCCAUGGUAUUCCAGUAGAACACUCAAUUAUGGAUGCAUACGCGGCUAUAAUUCGCGACAGCGAGCAUUUCAUAUACAUUGAAAACCAGUUCUUCAUCACAGCGACUGGUGAUGUUCAGAAACCUGUCGAAAACAAGAUUGGUGCGGCUAUUGUUGAACGGAUUCUUCGUGCUGCGAGAGCAGGACAGAAGUACAUGAUAAUAAUUGUCAUCCCAGCAAUUCCCUGCUUUGCGGGAGAGCUUCGUGAUGACGCUGCUCUCGGGAUUCGUGCGAUUAUGGAAUUCCAAUACGCUUCCAUCAACCGUGGAGGCCAUAGUAUUAUGGAACUGAUUGCCAAGGAGGGAUACAACCCGAUGGAUUAUAUCCGUUUCUAUAACCUUCGCAACUAUGACAGGAUUACCGCAAGCGCAGAGAUGAGAAAAGUUGAGCAGAAAAGUGGGGUUGACUACCAGGACGCCCAAAAGCAGCAUGAUGACAAGGUUGCUGCGAGCAGAACUAGCGCUUUCGAUACUACUACGGCCUAUCAACCAUACCAACGGGCUGCACAGCAGGUUUCCCAUUCAAGCGGAUCUGGUCGUUGGAAUAGCGUAAGCGAGUGCUAUAUGCUUGGUGGCGAGGACAUUCGAAAAGUGCCAUGGGAACAUCCCGGCGAUGUUUCUGAAAUUGAUGCCUUUGUCAGCGAGGAACUUUAUGUGCAUUCAAAGGUUUUGAUUGCCGACGACAGAACGGUCAUCUGCGGAAGUGCUAAUCUCAACGACCGUUCCCAGCUGGGCGAUCACGAUUCGGAAAUUGCUGUCAUCAUCCAAGACCCUACUCCUCUGGAAUCAUCAAUGGACGGCAAACCGUACCUCGUGAGCAAAUUUGCGACUACUCUUCGACGACAACUAUGCCGAAAACAUUUGGGCUUGCUUCCGGUUCAAGAUUAUGAGAGGUCAACUGCUAAUUCUGAGCCAGUGGGCGUGCCCAACUCUUACGAUAUGAACUCACCAGAGAAUCAAAUCGUCAUCGACCCUCUAUCUGACACAUUCCAGAGCUUCUGGAAUUCCCGCGCAAAACAGAACACGGAGGUCUAUCGUAAAGUUUUCCACGCUGUGCCCGAUGAUAAAAUCCGACACUGGAACGACUACAAGGAGUUUUUCGAGUAUUCCUUCCGCAGUCCUGUCGGGGAGGAGAAAAAAGAUGAAGAAGGGGAAACACGGGAAAAACCAUACUUGAUAGGCCAUGUCGUUCGCGAAGAUUUUCCAGGAGGAGUACAGCAGGUCAAGGAGGAGUUGAGCAAGGUCAAGGGAACGGUCGUGGAGAUGCCCUUGAUGUUCUUGAUUGAAGAGGACAUUGCCAAAGAAGGGAUGACGUUCAAUAGCCUUACGGCACCUCUAUACACCUGA